AAAAAUUUGAAACCUAAAAUAGAUGUUAAUGUGAAAGAAGUGAAAAAGCUUUUAAUGAGUAUUGUAAAUCAAACUAAAAUUUCUGGUAAAGACUCAAACAAGUCACUUAUUAAAGCUGUUUUACAGCAUCAUGUAUUUUGA